GCGGGCGUUUUCUUGGUCUCAGUCCUUGUGUGUCUGAGGCUUCCACGCCGUGCCCCAGGAGAGGGUCCCAGCGCAGACAAGUCGCGCCGUGCGCCGUCGUUUGGUGGGUCUCUCCCUAGCUGGGGUUUGGUGGUGAGCGAAUGCCCCUUAGAGGGUGGAAACCGACACACCUUGGGGAGUUUCUUUCUCUGAGGUACCUCGCUCACGUACCUUUACUGCCGUUGUAUUUUAUUUGAGGAAAUAUCCGAGAGGAGAUUGUCAGCUUUUGCUCCAAUUCUUUUAGACGGGUAAAAGAUCGACUGUGGCAUGUAGGAAAUCUUUUUUCGACUACAGUCCAUCCUAUCACACCCAGAGGUUAUAGAGAAUACUGUGCUUGACCUUCGAGGGAAAUGGAAUCAGGUUCAUCAGCCUGUUAUAAUGAAGACAAUGAAGAAGAAAGUUUGCUUGCAAAUGUUGCGUCGUUAAGACAUGAACUGAAGAUAACAGAAUGGAGUUUGCAGAAUUUAGGGCAAGAGUUAUCCAGUGCUAGUCCAAGUGAAAAUUCCAAUUUUGCUUCUAAUCCUUCAAGGUUUGAAAAACGUAUUAUGGAAGAUCUUGUUCAGCCUAGCCACCCAGGACUUUUGAAUUACUCAUCUUCUAAAAACAUUUGUAAAAUGUCCAGUAGCAGCUCUGAUUUUCAGAAAAAGCCAAAAGAUAAGGUGUCUUUUUUGUCUUCUGCUCCUGUGGAUCAGGAAAUUAAAAGUCUGCGAGAAAAACUUGAUAAACUUAGGCAACAGAAUGCUUGUUUGGUCACACAGAAUCAUUCUUUAAUGAGUAAAAUAGAGUCAAUCCAUUUUGAACUAACACAAUCAAGAGCAAAAAUUUCUGUGCUUGAGUCUGCUCAACAGCAUGCAGCAACUAUCCCAAUCUUAGAAGAACAGAUUAUGAAUUUGGGAGCAGAAGUUUCAGCUCAAGAUAAAGUUUUGAGAGAGGCAGAAGAUAAAUUAGAGCAGAGCCAGAAAAUGGUGAUUGAAAAAGAACAGAGUUUGCGAGAGUCCAAAGAGGAAUGUAUAAAGUUGAAGGUAGACUUACUUCAACAGAAUAAACAAAGAAAAAGAGCUGAACGACAAAGAAAUGAAGCACUGUGUAAUGCUGAAGAGCUGAGUAAAGCUUUCCAACAAUAUAAAGAAAAAGUAGCUGAAAAACUGGAGAAGGUUCAAGCCAAAGAAGAAAUAUUAGAGAAAAAUCUAGUUAACUGUGAAAAAGAAAACAAAAGGCUACAAGAAAAGGGUGGUCUAUAUAAAAGUGAACUUGAAAUUCUGAAGGAGAAAUUAAGACAAUUAAAAGAAGAACAUAACAAUGGAAAAGAAAAAUUAAGGAUUAUGGCAGUGAGAAAUUCAGAAGUCAUGGCACAAUUGACUGAAUCUAGGCAAAUUAUUCUGAAAUUAGAAAGUAAAUUAGAGGACAAAGAUGAAAUACUGAGAGAGAAAUUUUCUCUAAUGAAUGAAAAUCGAGAAUUGAAGGUCCAAGUUGCAACACAGAAUGAACAACUGGAUUUGUGUCAGCAGGAAAUUGAAAACUCAAGGAUAGAACUGAGAAGUUUUGAAAAAAUAAUAUCCCAGUUACCGUUAAAAAGAGAAAUACUUGGUUUUAAAUCAUCUCAGUCUAAGCACCAGAUGAAUAGUUUGUCAAGCAAGGAAGAGAGUUGUGUUGGCUGCUGUGAGGCAAAUAAAUUGAUGAUUUCAGAAUUAAGGAUUAAGCUUGCAAUAAAAGAGGCAGAAAUUCAGAAACUUCAUGCAAAUCUGACUGCAAAUCAGUUAUCUCAGAAUCUUACUUCUUCUAAAGAUAGCCAGGAAAGUGGCAAAUUAAAUAUGUUUGAAACAGAACCCGUAAAACUAGGUGGUAAUCAAAUAGCCGAGAGAAUAAAAGAUCGAAGUCAACAUACUGUGAACAAGCAGUAUGAAAGAGAAAAGCAAAAACUUGCUACUGGAAUAGAGGAACUGCGUACUAAGCUGAUGCAAAUAGAAGCUGAGAAUUCUGAUUUGAAGGUUAACAUGGCUCACAGAACUAGUCAGUUUCAGUUGAUUCAAGAGGAGCUGCUAGAGAAAGCUUCGAACUCUAGUAAACUAGAGAGUGAAAUGACAAAGAAAUGUUCUCAACUUUUAACACUAGAGAAACAGCUGGAAGAUAAAAUAGUUGCUUAUUCCUCUGUUGCUGCAAAAAAUGCAGAACUUGAACAGGAGCUUAUGGAAAAGAAUGAAAAGAUAAGGAGUCUAGAAACCAAUAUAAAUACAGAACAUGAGAAAAUUUGUUUAGCUUUUGAGAAAGCAAAGAAAAUUCAUCUUGAACAGCAUAAAGAAAUGGAAAAACAAAUUGAAAGACUUGAAACUCAACUGGAGAAAAAAGACCAGCAAUUUAAAGAGCAAGAAAAUACUAUGUCCAUAUUGCAACAAGAUAUAAUGUGUAAACAGCAUCAUCUUGAGUCACUAGAUAGACUUUUGACAGAAAGCAAAGUGGAAAUGGAAAAGGAAAAUAUGAGGAAAGAUGAAGCUUUGAAAGCAUUACAAAAUCAAGUAUCUGAAGAAACAAUCAAGGUCAGACAGCUAGAUUCAGCAUUAGAAAUGUGUAAGGAAGAACUUGCUUUGCAUUUGAAUCAAUUGGAAGGUAAUAAGGAAAAGUUUGAAAAACAACUAAAAAAGAAAUCGGAAGAGGUAUAUUGUUUGCAGAAAGAGCUGAAGAUAAAGAGUCACAGUCUUCAAGAGACCUCUGAGCAAAAUGUUAUUUUACAGCAUACUCUUCAGCAACAGCAACAGAUGUUACAACAAGAAACAAAUCGAAAUGGAGAGCUAGAAGAUAUUCAGACUAAACUUGAAAAACAGGUAUCAAAGCUGGAACAAGAACUUCAAAAACAAAGGGAAAGUUCAGCUGAAAAGUUGAGAAAGAUGGAAGAAAAAUGUGAAGCAGCUGUACAUGAUGCUGAUUUGAAAAGGCAAAAAAUUAUUGAGCUUACUCGUACUUCCAGGCAAAUAAAACUGGAGAUGGAUCAGUACAAAGAAGAGCUGUCCAAAAUGGAAAAAGAAAUAAUGCAUCUUAAACGAGAUGGAGAAAAUAAAACAAUGCAUCUCUCUCAAUUAGAUGUGAUCUUAGAUCAGACAAAGACAGAGCUAGAAAAGAAAACAAGUGCUGUGAAGGAGUUAGAGAAGCUACAGCAGCACUCGGAAAAUGAGCUGACAGAAACCCUCCAGAGAAGAGACGUUCUGGAGACUGAGCUGCAAAAUGCUCACAGGGACCUGAAAAGUACUUUAAGACAGCUGCAGGAAUUGAGAGAUGUACUACAGAAAGCCCAGUUAUCCUUAGAGGAAAAAUACACAACUAUAAAGGAUCUCACAGCUGAACUUCGAGAUUGCAAGAUGGAGAUUGAAGACAAAAAGCAAGAACUCCUUGAAAUGGAUCAGGCACUUAAGGAGAGAAAUUGGGAACUAAAGCAAAGAGCAGCUCAGGUUACACAUUUGGAUAUGACUAUUCAUGAACACAGAGCAGAAAUGGAACAAAAAAUAAUUAAAUUGGAGGGUACUCUGGAAAAAUCAGAAUUGGAAUUUAAAGAAUGCAACAAACAGAUAGAAAGUUUAAAUGAGAAAUUGCAAAGUGCCAAAGAACAGCUUCGAGAGAAAGAGUUUAUAAUGCUACAGAGUGAGCAGGAGAUAGGUCAACUGAAAAAAGAAGCUGAAAGAACACAACAGAGGAUAAAAGAAAUGGAAAAGGUUAUGAAAGAGCAGGAACAGUACAUUGCCGCACAGUACAAGGAGGCCAGAGAUUUGGGACAAGAAUUGAGGCUAACCCAAGAGCAGUUGCAGAAUGCUCACACAGAAUUGGUGGAAGCUCAUCGUCAGCAAGUCCAAGCACAGAGACAAAUAGAAAAGCUCACCAGUGAACUAGAAGAUAUAAGGCAGCUUUCUAAAGAGAAAGAAGCUCACAGAAAUCAUUUAGCUGAAGAAUUGGGGGCAUCUCAAGUACGUGAAGCUCAUUUAGAAGCAAGAAUGCAAGCAGAAAUCAAGAAAUUGUCAGCAGAAGUAGAAUCUCUCAAAGAAGCUUAUAUGGAGGUAAUUUCACAUCAAGAGAACCAUGCCAAAUGGACUAUUUCUGCUGACUCUCAAAAGACUUCUGUUCAGCAACUAAAUGAACAACUAGAGAAGGCAAAACUGGAAUUAGAAGAAGCUCAGGACACUGUAAGCAAUUUACAUCAACAAGUUCAAGACAGGAAUGAAGGAAUUGAAGCUACAAAUGAAGCAUUACUUAUUAAAGAAUCAGAAUUAACCAAAUUACAAGCCAAAAUUUCUGGACAUGAAAAGGCAGAAGAUAUCAAGUUUCUAUUAGCCCCAUUUACACCUCCAAAAGAAACUAUGCCUGAUAUUCAAGAUCCAGAAUUCGCUAAACAUCCUCACACAUCUUUUUUCAAGUGCAGAAAACUACGUUGCUCUAUUAGUGCCAGUGACCUUUAUUUCAAAUCUCAGAGUAAUGAAGAUCUUUCUGAAGAAUUACUACAGGACUUUAAAAAAGUGCAAUUAAAACAGCCUUCAACAUUAGAAGAAAGCCAGAAGGAUCUGAUUUUUACCCAGCCAGACUCAUUUAAACCUCUUACAUAUAACCUAGAAGAUGAUCGUUCUGAGAGUAAUGACUUUAGUACUCUUAGUGGAAUGCUAAGGUACAUAAACAAAGAAGUUGGACUAUUAAAAAACUCUUCUAUGCCGACAGGUGCUGGUUUAACUCAGGUGUGGAUAAUGGGACAACCCACCUUGAGUGUGGGUGGCACCACCCAAAGGCUGGGUAGCCUGGACGGAUAUAAAGGGACUGAAAGAAGGCCAACUGCUAGUUCUUUGCUAAUUGGAUGCUUUGCUGUCUUCUGCAUGCCUCUGCAAUGCCCCUCUCCCAUGCCACCCUGCCUUGGAGCCACCCAACUAUGAGAAACCUCUACAAACUGUAAGCUACAAUAAACCUUUCCGCCCUUAA